UUGUUGGAGGGCUACUGCUCCACAAGUCUGAACGGUCCGCGCCCUCACUGUCUCGGUCUCUCGCCUCACUCAUCGCCCUUCGCAGCCGCUACUCUCUUCUCUCCUCUUUCCACCUUCAUUCUUUCACACUCGCUACCACCUCGACUCGGCAGCUGCCACCACCCUUUCUCCAGCUUCGACUAACUGCUAAUUGAUUCAUUCGCCAAACCCGUUCGAGUCUAGACUUGACCACUUCACAGUGUUUUCUAGCGAAAACAAAAAGAUGGGUGUAAAGAAAUUCGUGAAGAAGGGUUUAGGAGAAAUGGGGUUCAACGCCGGCGGUGGAGUUAUCAAUUGGUUCCCUGGUCACAUGGCCGCAGCCUCCCGCGCCAUUCGCGAUCGACUCAAGCAAGCUGACCUUGUCGUUGAGGUCCGCGACGCUCGAAUUCCCUUGUCUUCUGCCAACCAGGACCUUCAAUCUCACCUCUCCGCCAAACGACGCGUUAUUGCUCUCAAUAAGAAGGACCUUGCCAAUCCCAAUAUCAUGCCGAAAUGGGUUCGUCAUUUUGAAUCGUUCCAACAAGAUUGUAUUCCCAUAAAUGCACACAGUAAGACUUCUGUUAGGAAGCUUCUUGAGCUGGUGGAGUUUAAAUUGAAGGAAGCGAUUUUGAAAGAGCCAACUCUGCUUGUUAUGGUUGUUGGGGUUCCUAAUGUUGGAAAAUCUGCUUUGAUUAAUUCCAUUCAUCAAAUUGCGUCGUCUUACUUUCCUGCGCAAGGGAAGAAUAAGAGAGCAACAGUAGGUCCUCUGCCUGGUGUUACUCAAGAUAUUGCUGGUUUCAAGAUUGCUCAUCAGCCGAGCAUAUAUGUACUGGACACUCCAGGUGUACUGGUUCCAAGUAUCCCAGAUAUAGAGACAGGACUAAAGCUUGCUCUUGCAGGGUCUGUGAAAGAUUCAGUGGUUGGAGAAGAGCGUAUUGCCCAGUACUUACUUGCAGUUUUAAAUACCCGAGGGACUCCUUUUCAUUGGAAGCACUGGAACAACAGGAGAGCAGAAGGAAUUCGAUAUGAUUCUGCUGAAACAGUGGAACACAGUCUUAAAGAUCUUCGAUCAAGGAGAAAACCGCUGGAUAAGUCUAGUGUUCUAUACAUUGAGGACCUUGUAGCAGAAGUACAACAUGCGUUAUAUUUGACUGUGUCGGAAUUUAAUGGGAAUGUGGAAGAUGAAAAUGACUUGGAGUGUCUUAUAGAGCAACAGUUUGAAACACUGCAGAAAGCACUGAAGAUACCUCAUAAAGCCUCUGAAGCUCGUCUAAUGGUAUCAAAAAAGUUUCUUACGCUUUUUAGGACUGGUAAACUUGGCCCUUUUAUUCUUGAUGAUGUUCCCGACUCUUAAUUUAAUUUGCUCCAUCAAAUAUAUAGAAUGUAGUUUCCAUGGGGUU